GUGUCAGUGUCAGUGUCAGUGUAAGUCAGUGCCAUGGUGCAUCACCAUGCUGAAAGUAGCCAUUAAAUGAUGUGGAAAUUGUGCUCAUGACACAUGGUCAGCAAGAAUACUCAAAAAAGCCAUGGCAUUCAAUUGAUGAAUGAUUGGAGUAACAGCUUUAACAUGCCAAGUAAACAUUCCCCACAGCGUUACACAACCUUCACCAGCCUGGACUGUUAACACAAGACAUGUUGGGUUCAUGGCUUUAUAAUUUUGGUGGCAAAUUUUAAAUCUCCUUUCUGUCUUCAACUGUUCCCUAAAUUAGUUAGACAGACUGAUUGAUUGACUGAUUACAUUAUUUACUCCGGAGGGAAAUUCACAACCAGUGGGAAAUUCACAUAAUCAAAUUCAAUUUAAAAAUAUUAUAUAGCGCUUUUAACAACAUGCAUUGUCCCACAGCAGCUUUACAGAGAUAAACAGUUUAUAAAAUUAAUUAAUAUGUGCCUAUAAGUUGCCUAAUGGGCAAGCCAGUGGUGACAGCAGCAGGGAAAACCUCUUUAAGUUUGUAUGAGGAAGAAACUUUGAGAAGAACCAGACUCAGAAAUGAACCCACCCUCAUCUGGGUGCCACCGAAUGUGCAUUAUUGUUUAUCAUUGUUGAGGGGAGCUGUUAAGUGAUGGAUGUCUAAAGCCACUGUACUAGACUUUAUAUUAAUUACAGUCCAAUUCAAUCCUAAUAGUUAUUGAGCUGCUCAGUAACCUCAUGGAUACUUAGGCUGUUCAUUUGAACCAUCUUUAGCUGCACAGAUCUGUCUCUAAUUGAAGAGAACUCCAUCAAGAGGUUCAGGUCAGGAUGGAUAUCCAAUUACCCAAAGCUACUGUCCCACAUCUGCAAAAUGUCCACAUAUUUGGCUGAUUACAUAAUUGCAUAAAUGAGUAUGUGUACCUGUGCUUGGUAAAUGUGUUUUUUGAAAACUCCAGAGACAUGGAAAUAUUGACAUUUAAUGCAAGUUGAAUAUGUCACAGAAUAUUUUACUAUUAAUAUACAUGUUUAAGUAAAAUGUUUUAAGAAUUAUUCCACAUCUUAUUUUGCUACAAUUAACAUUUAAUGCAUUGGCUGCAUUCAGUACAUUCUAACAUCCACAUAAUGUUAAACAUUACAUAGAAUUAACAGUGAAAUUAUAUAUAAUAUAAUGAAAUCAAAUGGCAGAUCUACUUCAAAAGCAAAAUGAAUGAAUUUUAUGUGAAUACCAUAACAACAUUAGCUAUUGAAAACAAUUGUUUCAAUUGAGCCGACUUGACCAGAGUCCUAAUUCUUGAGAAACUUCAUUUGGUCACAUGUGCUAGCUUGUGCAGUCAUGCUCAAUACCCAUAUUGUAAACAUAAGCAUGAGUGAAACUUUAAAGUUUUAGUGCUGAGCACAGCAGUUACAUGUUGAAUUGGAUAAGGAGACAGCAGUAAAAGUUGUACUUUUGGAUUAUGGUGAUUUGUAUUUCAAUCACAAGUUCCCCCUCCACAUGUGACUAAGCAAAUACGGAAAAAUUUCUGAAAGCAUUUUGGAUCUACGACUAGCCACAAUGCACCUCAGCUUGGAGAUUCAGUAUUUGGACCUGUGAACACUAUGGUUUGAUGAGCACAUCUUAGAAUUGUUGCCCUUGAAUAUUUACAAUGGCACUACAUGAUGGAUGGUCUAUUAACACUGUGGAAAAUCAGGAGGAAGAGGAAACACCACUGCUGCAGAAACAAACAAAACAACUUACAGCGCCUCGUCAGUGCUGCUCUGCGAGAUACAACCUGGCCUUCAUGAUGUUCUUUGGUUUUGCUGUGGUGUACGGGCUCCGGGUCAAUCUCAGUGUUGCAAUGGUAGCAAUGGUCAAUACAACUGACAUCCUGCCAUCUUUCAAUGCCAGUGAAUUAAAUGAAUGUCCAGCACCUUCUCCUACCUCUAACAGCAGCAGUGAAAAUACAGAUCAGCCAAAUGGAGUGCCAAGAUACCCAUGGAAUCCUCAGACUCAGGGAUACCUGCUGAGUGCAUUCUUUUUUGGGUACCUUUUCACCCAGAUCCCUGGGGGCUACCUGUCAGGUCGCUUUGGUGGGAGGAAGUUCCUUGGAGGAGGAGUGCUGGGUACAGCUAUCCUCACCAUCCUCACUCCUUUUGCUGCUCAGCUUGGUGUCAAUUGGCUGUAUGCUCUGAGGGCUUUGGAGGGUUUUGGUGAAGGUGUGACAUUUCCUGCCAUGAUGGCUUUAUGGGCAUGCUGGGCUCCUCCAUUGGAACGAGGUCGUCUGACUACUAUCUCAGGAGCAGGAGGAAAUUUUGGUGCUUUCAUUGCCUUUCCUCUUACAGGCGUCAUAUGUCACAGUCUUGGCUGGCCUGCAGUCUUCUACUGCUGUGGGGGAGCAGGAUGUAUUUGGGCACUGCUGUGGUUCAUCAUGGUGUCCGAUGAACCUCGCACACAUCCAAGAAUAAGUGACCGAGAAAAAGAGUACAUUAUCACGUCUAUAGGUUCAGAGGGAGGCUCCCAUGGUUGGUCAGUCCCCCUCAGGUCCAUGGUGUGCUCAGGCCCACUCUGGGCCAUCAUCUUAACACAGAUGUGCUCUAACUGGUCAUACUACACUCUGCUUACCUCGCUGCCUACCUACAUGGACACAGUGCUGCACUUUGACCUGCGCCAGAACUCCUUCCUGUCGGCAUUACCCUACUUGGGUGGCUGGUUAUUUUCUGUGCUCUCUGGUGCAUUAGCGGACAAGCUUUUGGAGAAGGAGAUAAUGAGUAUAACGACUAUCCGUAAACUCUUUACUUUUGCAGGUUUGAUCUUGCCAGCAGGACUCUUAGUUGCUGUUGGAUUUGCCGGGUGCAGUGGUGUCCUAGCUGUUACCUUUCUUACUUUGUCCACAACUCUUGGGGGCUUCAGUGCAGCUGGAGUCUUUAUUAACCAGCUUGAUAUUGCUCCACAGUAUGCUGGCAUACUACUUGGGAUCACCAACACUUUUGGCACUCUCCCUGGUGUAGCUGCACCAAUGGCAGUGGGUUACCUUACCAACAAUCACACACUGAUGGGUUGGAGGACCGUCUUCUAUGUGUCAGCAGGAGUGAGUGGAUUUGGAGCCUUAUACUACUCAUUGUUUGGCAAUGGAGAGAUCCAAAGUUGGGCACUAAGGGAGAACCAGUCACAAGGGAGAACAGAGACUGAGACUGAAAGAAAACACUAAACUUGUGAAAAGGACUUAAUUCUAAACAGUUACUUGAACACACAUUUUUAUGGCAUUUUUAUCAUUUUAUAUUCUUUAUCUAAUAGAUACAAAUUAAGGAAAUAAGGGAAAAUAAUAUUUUUAUAUAACUAUAUAAAAGUAUUUUAUAAUAAUUUAAAAUCAGUUAUGUAGUCAAGGCUUAUCUAAAACAUUCGAUGGAAAGAACUGUUAUCUCAUACGAUAUUGGCAAUACAUCAGCACUAUUGUUAUAAUUCUUGCAUUUACACAAUGUAAUUUUUUUAAACCAUUUUGUGUGCUCCAAAACUUUUUAAUUUAUAGAGAUAUAAAUUUUUUCUUACGAUCCAACAUGUAGACAAAAAUUACAUGCAACUAUAGCUUUGGUAUUCAAAACAUUCCACUUAUCCACAAAUCCACUUAUUCCACAAAUCUUAAUUAUUUGCCACUUUUUUGUUAAACAGCCAUUAAUUAUACGGCCAUUUUUUAAGUUGAAUUGUUCUUAAACAUAUACCGAAAAAUUGUAUAAGGUAAAAAGUUUUCUUAGCCUAUUUGUCAUUUUUUACUGCAGAAUCAGUACUGUUACAAGUUUCCUUGUGUGCUGUUAUUUUUAAGAGCGAUAUUAACCAAAAGAUAAUAAUAAUAAUAAUAAUAUUAAUAAAACAAGCACCUUGGCACUGAUGUACACUUCCAACCUAUGUCAAAUUUACAGAGCAGAUGUUCAGAGAGAAUAUGUUCAGAACAUAUUGUAUAGUACAAUCUGUAUUGUAAACACAUAAAGACAGCGGAUUGUUUGUUUCAGGAACUAAAAUUAAGUAUUCGAAAAUCUAAAGAAUUUGAAGGUUAUGUCAAGUGUACAUCAGCUGCAUACUAUUUGUCAUUAAAUAUAACUAAACAGACAUUUUCUGUUUAGUAAUAUUUAAUAAUGCAUGGCUAUGAAAGAUACAAGCAUUUAUGGGAUAUAAAGGGACCCUUAAUGUAAAUGCAUUACAUGCAUUUGCACCUGUAUUUUGUUGUGGCUGCCCAGUAAAAAGUAUAAAGAAAUGCAAAAAACAAUAAUUAUUAAAAGUGCAAUAAGUUAGCUACUUAUCACGUAUCAGUUCUAGGUUGCUCUGUCACCAGUAUUUUUUUUUAUUAUUAUUUUUUUUUAUUCUUUUAAAGUAAUUGACAAAAAUGCAGAUUGUAAUGUUGUCCAGAAAACAUUCCUAGUCAAUUCUGUGUCAAAAAUGUUACAGCUAACAAAAGGACAAAAAAAAAAGAAGAUACAAGACAGCAAUUCUGCUAGCAGAAAACUGCUAAAUAAAUGAUUCCCUUCACCAUAUCGACAAUUUAUAUUUAUGUGGUGCAUACCCCUGUGAGCUCUUACUUUAUAAAAACAGAAUUGAUUACAUUUAUAUAACUACAGUCUGUGCUGUUUUAAAUAUUAAUCAACAUGUUCUGACCAAUCGAAUUCAGGCAUUCAACAGCAAGGCAGAAUAAGGGAGUAUAACACAUACAAUAUAAAGUCAGUUUUUUGUUAUUUGCAAAAAGAUGAUGUUCUUUCUUAUGUAUGUCAACUGUCCCCCAGACCUACUGGCCCAAAUUCUAUACACUUCUUUGUUUAUAGGAUGUUUGCAACAUUUUGGGAUGUUUCAGGUUCACAGUUGUUUUACACGUGCAAGGCUGCUGUGAUGUUGCCGAUGACCUCCUUCUAUAAGCACUUUUCAAAUUGAUUCUUCUCCAGGAGAUGAAGGCGUUCUCUUUCUACAAAGUUUCGAUCCAAUUUAGUGAAAAACUUUUUCAUGUGCUUCAUUUUUCUCUUGUGGUACUUUUAUUGGGUGGUGAGUGAGGAGAUUUUAAUAAUGAGCCACCCCUGUUACCUCCAACAAAUUCACCUUUGUAAAAUAUAUGCAAUUAUUACACAAGUCACACGCUGGACAAAAAAAAGGAAGUUGAGGUUUAAAGGGCCUUUGCUCAGGGGUCCAGUUAUGAUAAUUAAAUACUGACUGCCACAUUACAAACCUUGUUAUACAAAUGAUUGAAAUGUAAGUGUUUAUUUCAAAAUAAAGAUAAUCUUUUUAAGUAA